AUGGAACGGGAGAUAGAAAAGGUGAAAAAGGAAUAUGAAGAGAAAAUGAAGCGGAAAAAGGAGAAAGAAAAAGAAAAGGGGAAGGGGAAAGAGAAGGACAAGGGUGAUGGAGAUGAGAAGGAGAAGAAAGCCGAGACUGCAGAGGACAAGAAAGCUGAGCAGGAGAAAGAUGAAAAGGUCGCUAUACAAGGUGUUGGUACCGGGGUGAGUGCGGAUGGUGACGGCCCGCGCAUUUAUGCACUCCACAAGAACUUUUACCAAAUGCGUCUUGACAGAAUACGUAACAUGGAGCUCGCCAAGAGGAAUCGCGAACGGAUGAAAAACGCAUCGUUUUUCCCUUCAGCUCCAAAGGGAGAUUUUUAG